GUGCGCGUCUGCCAGGGACUGAAGACUCCCUCUCUAGGGCUUAGGAAGGAUGGGACAAAUGAGGGACAAAUGACUGCACUUUAUUUUGAUAGAGUCUAUUCUUACGGCUCAUUAUUGAUACUUCUUUUUGAUAUGAGGCCCCUCCUCUUUUCCUUUGGAGUAUCAGUGUGAGUGUGUUUGGUUUGAGAGUGGUGGCUCAUGCUGAAAGAGGCAGAGAGCUCUUCUCCCAGGAGGAUUCGUCUCACUACCAGCCCUUCAUUGCUCUGCCCGUGUGACUUUUCCUGCAGCUGCACCCAUGACUCUCCAGAACUGCCUGCUGCACAGAUAUGGACUGUAUUACGUCUUGGCAUUGCUGACACUUCUCAUGUCACAUGCUGACGGACUGCAAUGUUAUGCCUGUAACAUUGUGCAUAACCAGAGGUACGUGGACGUAGGCUGUUCCAGCCCCGAAGUCAUCACCUGCUCCCACUCCCACAAGGGCUUCAAGCAUCGCUUCUGCAUCAGAACCGAAAGUGUUGCAUUGGGAGUCAUGCUGACUAGUGGCUGCGCGACAGCACGACACUGCCACACGCAGGAGCUGCCUGGAGUCAACAUCCACUGCUGCGGCUCUGAUCUGUGCAACAGCGCCACCAGCUGGCGGACGGACACACUGCUGCCUAUUUGCUCACUGACGUUUUCUCUCUGGUUUCAAAGGUUGAUACUUUGGACGAAAUAACUUUGAAAUUUGUACAUCACGACAAAAUCACGGCAGCUACGCUUCCGAUGAAUGACAUACAUGGUGGAACUUGAAAAUAUACCUAUAAAAGAUGUAAACACAGACCCUGGAGUAUUAGGCCUAGGCCUAAGUGUGGAUAAACCAAUCCUUUACGUAGCCUAGUAUUGUUCUCUUUGGAUACUUAGGCAAGGCAAGUUUAUUUAUGUAGCAUUUAUAUAUAGUUUAUUUCAGUGUAAGUAUCAAAAGCACUUUUAUAUGGACAACAAUAUAUUUUAAACUAUUUGUUUUAUUUUGAAUCGUUUUGCUCAGCCAAAAAUGAGAAAUUAUGCUCUUUACAAUAUGUGUGAAAAUAUGUGAUCAGGAAUUACAUCCUAUUUAAGGCCCAAAUGUUCUAAAAAAAACUGGUAACGGAAAUUAUACUUACCUUUUUAUUGUGGGUAUUAUUAUUUAGACAUUUUCUUGUGUUUUUGUAAUUUCUUUAAACCAACUGAUCUCAAGCUGAUUUUUAGUGAAGUCUGUCACUCAAGUUCGAACGUCCUAGCAGAGUAAUCAAGUUUAGAUUAGCGCAUUAUUUUUGAACAUACAGUAAUGCACGUUUGAUAAGUAAGAAAGUGUUGAAAUACUUCUUGUAUUUAGUUUUAAUAUAGGCCUAGGCUAAGGCCUCUAAUGCGCCACAUUGACAGUUUUGUUUUUGUUUAAAAAUGCAUACAAUAUUUAAUUACUGAACGAGUACAUUAAAAUGUUGUUGUCUUACCUCUUGCUUGCUAAAUCAUAUCCGUAAAGGUCUGGUUAGUGAGUGUGUGGGUGCUUAGUUUGUAACUGAAAUCUUCGACCAGCGUUUACAUUGGCAGUUCAAAACAACAAAUCCUUCUUAACCACUGACGAACAACCAAUUGUCAAACAAACUACAGAAACUUCAAACUCCACGAAGUCUGCAAUCAAGAAGGGGGAUGUAUUUAGGAUUUGAAGUUCUACCAUCAGUUGUGUUUCGGCACAGCACAUCCGAUGGUAGAACUUCAAAUUGUAAAUAAAGUUUCAUAUCUGCUUCGGUGUUUCCAUGCAUCUAUGUAAAAUGCUAUUCCUCAAGAAUUUGCAAUUUUAUGUUUCAACCAGAUAUGGCAAAAAAAGGUUCCAAGUGGUGCUUUAGAGAUUUAGCCUUUUUUUUUUUUUUUUUUUGGUGUUUUUGUCUUUAUUGGGACAAGACAGUUUUUUAGACAGGAAGCAAAGUGGUAGAGUGAGGGGAAAGGUCCGCAAGCCGACUCGAUCUCAGGACACCCAAAGCGUAUUUUAAGAAAACAUGCCUAAGAUAUUUCACUUAAUACCAAUUUGGUUUCAGUUAGAUCAGUCAAAAUUGAAUAAUUUUGGUAUUCUUCAAUUUCAGCUUUUUUUCAUAAUCAUAAAUAGGCUACAAGGUUUCUAUUUCAGCUAUUUGUUUUGACUAGAGUCAGUAAUAUUUCCAUUUCACAGUUUUGUAGCUAAUCCACACGACAGUACUUUAUAAUUGCUGAUCCAUGGGGAUUCUUGGCUGAGAAGUGAAAAUCUAUCUCUAAAUGAUUUCUAAAUAGAGCUCAAGGCUACAGGAGAUGGCAGUGUUUCACAAUCUCUUGACACAGGCAUAAACGUUCAACCUGACAGACUCUCUGACACAGCAGAGAUCUUGCAAUGCUCAGUCCACUGUGAUCGUUGUAAUUAGAGCCAUGAAACAUGCCUGACUAGUGCAGUAUUUUAUUAGGAUUCAUUCUUUGCCAGAAAUCAUGUUUAUAACAUGUACAGCAAUACUUCAUGUGGCUCCUUUGAAGAGGCGACAGAUUCAGAGAACAUUUUAAGAGCAAUGGCCUGUCUUAUGGUGAAAGCUCUUAUGAAAAUAAACGGGAAGAGAUCCGCGGAGGCUCGUGGCUUGUUUUGAUUGAUUUAAUCCAGCCUUGGAGAAAACACAGGCAGUGAGACCCAUCCCUCACAGAGUGGAGGAAGAAGUGUUUCAUCUUUUAACGCUUCUCAUGAUUCAUCCAGAAAUUAGCAGAGAGAGAUUGCGGAGACAGGUUUGAGGGCUGGCGUAUAAAAUAAGGCAGUCAUAUACACUCCAGACUCUCAAAACUGUGCUGUCUCUGAGCUAAUGAGCGCUGAAGCACAAGCUGUACCCACCGUGCAGCACCCGAACUCUCUCCUGUCUUUAACGUCUGCUGUCGCAUGCCUCUGACACUGAAAGGACUGCUUUCACAGGCAUUUUGAAAAAUGGUCUGUUGAUUGCAGUGAAUUUGGUGAGAAUCUAGGAUCCAUUUGGUGCUUUUGAGUGGAUUUGUUUCAGUUUGUUCAGUAUUUGUCAAUGUCAGACCACAGUUGAAGCCAUGGCAUGAAAUUCAUUCACUUGUCAUAAGUCAAUGUUUGUCUGUUUAAAAAACAAAAUGCUUUUUAAAUUUCACUGUGUGUGACUGAGGUACAAAACAAAUGCUAUGAUGUUAUGGUUUUCUAGCUGGUUGUCAGGUCAUUGUUGUGUGAUUGCUAAGGUGUUUUAGGGUGUGUUUUUUUUUACUGGCCUCAAGCUGUAGUUGCACUAGACCUGGAGCAUACAAAAUUACUUUGGCCACUGUAACAGACAUGGUAUGAUGACUCUCUCUCU